GCAAAGUUGCGUUGGGGGUUUUGUUACCUGCAGCGGUUUGUAUGUAUUGUAUUUACAGGCUUCUGAUCGCUGUAGAGUUAUAGAGAGUUGAGUGGUUUCUCUGCUUAUCCAUGGGGCUGUUCAAAUUGUCGCCAUUUGUGAGCAUUUCUACGGCACUUUUAUGUGCCGGUGUUGUGAGGACAGCAGUGUGCUUCUCAGCAGAGGAUUGCAGUGAGAUUUCACAAAAUAAAUGGUCCGAGGAGCUGCCACACUCAUGCCUUGAAAUCAAAGAGAAGACAAAAACAGAGAGAGAUGGGCUAUACUUGCUGCAGACGAAGAGCGGGCAGUCCUACCAGGCGUUCUGCGACAUGAACACCAACGGAGGAGGCUGGACCCUGGUCGCCAGCGUUCACGAGAACAACAUCGCGGCCAAGUGUACCACGGGAGACCGCUGGACCAGCCAGCAGGGCAGCAAUCCUGCAGUUCCAUUCGUAGAUGGAGAUAAAAACUGGGCCAACCUCAACACAUUUGGUGUCCCCGAGUCGGCCACUGAUGACGACUACAAGAACCCGGGAUAUUACGAUCUGGAGGCAAAUGACAUAGCAGUGUGGCAUGUUCCCAAUGGGACUCCUCUGCCUGCGUGGAAGACAUCAUCACUCUUCCGCUACCACACGGAGUCGAAGUUUCUGGCUGCCUUUGGAGGAAGCCUUUACUCCUUUUUCAAGAAUUUUUUCCCGUUAACGUACAAUUCCGGAAGCUGUCCCACCAAUAACGGGCCUGCCUACCCCAUUGUUUAUGACUAUGGAAGUGACGCAGUCAUCAAUUCUUACAACUGUCCUAACUGUGGGGGCGGAACGACAACAGGGUUUGUGCAAUUCAGAGUGUUUAACAGUGAGAGAGCCCCAUUUGCCAUCUGCUCUGGGUUGAAGGUCGUCUCCAACUGUAACACUGAACACUUCUGUGUAGGCGGUGGCGGCUACGUGCCUGAGGCAUCUCCAAGGCAGUGCAGUGACUUUAGUGCCUUCGACUGGAGUGGCUACGGGACAGGUGUGGAAUGGAGCGCAACAAAGAAGCUGCUGGAAUCCGCCAUCCUCAUCUACUACCGUUAAUCUGCCACCUGGAAAGCGCCCCGUGAGCAACUAAAGUGAAUUUAUUUACAAAAAAUUGACAGACAUAAGGUUAGUGCUAGGGUAUCAGCAGGGGACCUCCCUGACUGGCGGGCCGAAAGAUACUUACGAUUUCAUUUCAUACGGCCCACAAUCGCAUGACCCAACGAUUUUUAUCCAUUCCUGACAGCAUCUUUGCUGCACUAAUCGGCGUAUGAGAAUGAAAUAUUUUCUUUUCACAGAUAUGUUUCGUAUAUUUAGAGUGCUCAGUUACUUCCGUCAAUGUAAGGGCCUAAUUUUGCUCUAUCGACACGCACAUUCAUUUUUCAGUCAUUAUUGGAUAAUGCUAAGGUUUGUGUUAAUGUGUGGUCUGCCAGAGAUGAUUUGAAGUCCUAUUCGAUCAUCCAUAAACAACGUAUACCCCAUCCCUUAUACUCCGGAUUGGUCAUCCAGUUAUGGUCAGGAUGAGUAGAUUGUGCUCUCUUCUGACAAUUUGUAUCCACCCCAACCCAGACCCCACAGUCCUUAUUGCCGAGUCUGGCCUUCUCACUUCUUGUUCACUUUUCACUUUUUGUGUUUUACAGAAUUGUCCUUCGUUCACAAGUCUGUUUAUAAGUUCCCAACAACUGACCUGGCACUAUCUUUAUUUGAUCCUUAUGACAGUACCCCGGGGUACCAAAUAAUACAAAAUGGCCGAGGCAAUUAAAUAUUUAGUUUCUGGGACUAUUUUUUUACAGGGGUGUACUUCACUCCGCGACUGGGGCACCAAUCAAUCCGAAAUCAGUGCUACUCCGCGAUGUCGAAACGCCAAACAUUAGCAUACAAAAUCCGUUAUUGCGAAAUUCAACUUUCAAUUUGUGCAUCGUGUACAGCUCGUCGAGAUGAGUCGAUCGCCGCAUCGCCGACCAUCGACAGACUAAACGUGACUGCAUCACGGACAUUGUGCGACAGCCGGGGUACUAUGGUACCCCGGGGUUCCGCCAUAAGGUUCACUUGAAGAGCACUACUUUCAGCGGCUUCAAAUCUCCCACACAAAUAAAAACAAAUCCCACAUUUGUCCACAAGGGGGUGGUGGGGUCAGUGGUGUAGCCAUCGAUUCUGCAGGCAGUGCGACUGCACCCGGGCCCACAUAGGAGAGGGUCGCUCAGGCGGCAGGUCACGAAGAGGGGAGGAACUGGACAGGGUGCCCCAUUUCACUACCUGGGCCCAGUGCCCAGGUAAUGAAAUGUUGUUCACACGAUCCAGCUGCGAUGACAAGGUUAUGUCAAUGCUCUCUCUCUCCCGUUGUCAUUCGGGGCGGUGAUAUGGCCCAGUGGUAGCACGCUCUCCAUCUCAUGCAGAUGUCCACGGUUCGAAUGCAGCAGCCACCCCUGAUUAAUACUGAGCGUGAGAUAAUAAUUAUAAUCAUCAUAUGCGCCAUCAGCUUCGGAGUGGACGUUACAGACCCCCUUACAUCGUCAUUCACAAGACUCGGCCAUUGGGUGCUAGUUUUAAGAUCCACAUUUUCUAAUCAUGAAACUAAUCUGCAACUUAUUCCAUUGGGAUUAAACGUAAGCAAUCGGCCCCAAACUGGCAGACUAAUGCCCGUUUGCAGGCCAGGUUCCGAGUCACCUUGUGCCAACAGGGCCAGCUGCUACUGGUGCUGCCCUGUCGAAUGUGUUGAGAGGAGAUGUGAUGUUAAAGGAGUGCGCUAUUAUAAACAAAAACAAAUUAAUCCUACAGUUACUCUACAUUCACUUGUUUUACUAUAUAUUCACAUGUAGUACUCUAUAUUCACAUGUUGUACUAAAGAGCAGAGAUCCUUGCAUAUUCCUACAAUACCCUAAUAUCUCAAGUAACACUUUAUCUCACGUUACAGUCCAACUGAUAUAUUCGUUCCAUUAUACAUGCUGCUAUAUUUCUUCAAUUAAUUUUCCAUGUCUACAUAUUUUAAUGCCUAAAUAGUAUGCCCCGUACAGCAUUGGUCAACUUAUUCCUGGCCUUAGCCCAGUACCUGUGAAUCCCUUAAGGUCAGUGCUCGUCACGAAUUUUCAGCAAUGGG